AUGAGGUGCAUGCUGAGUGAUGUUAGUGUGCAGCACUCACAGCUUUUGCUGGCCAGUGUGCCUAAGCAAGCUACUGUGGACUCCACCUGGCAACCUCUUUGGGCAGAGAUUGCCAACUCCCUGACCAUCCUUGCAAAUGGUGGAGAUGGCCAUGGCAGGAGCGCAGCUGCUUGGAGAAGCACAAAGCUGGAGGCUGUGGAGGACAUAGUGGACCACCCCCUCAUGGAUGUUCCAGCAAUCAGCUUCUGGACUAUAAAGCUUGAUUGGCUGCACCUUGUGGACUUGGGCUGUGCAAGCCAGCUCUUUGGGAAUGUUGUGUGGGACCUGAUUGAAGACCACCUUGAAGGGCCAUCAAGGGCUGCAAAGCUCCUGGAGUUGAACCACAUGAUCUGCAAGGCCUACCAGGAGAACAACAUCCCUGCCUCCAAAAGACUGGGGAGGCUCAGCCUGUCUGAUGUCUGCAAUGGUGGUGAUGACUACCCCAGCUUGAGGCACCAGAAGGGAAGGAGAGUGAGAUACUUUUCGUUGGUAGCUUGCCGCCUGGCUGCAGAGUUUGCAGUGGGUGACUUUGGCAAGCAUCGCCUCAAGGCUGUGGAAGCCAUGAAUGACAUGUACUGUUUGGCUGACAGAAAGGAGCAUGUGUGGUCUGCAGACACAUACAAUCAGUUCAAGCAGGCCACACACAAAAUGCUCUUGCACUAUGGCUGGCUAGCCAAAAAGUCCAUGGAGAAGAAGCUGUGCAGAUACAGCAUCACCCAAAAGCACCACAAGCUGGCUUGCAGGUACAUAGACCAGUGCCUAUACAUGGCACCAAGGUCUACUUGGUGUUACGGUCCUGAGAGUUACAUGAGCAUGUGCAUCAGGAUCGCUGCAGCCUCUGUAAAGGGAACAGGUGGCACAAAGCUGCCUGGAAAGGUGCUGCAGAAAUUUGCACUCUGCUUCCACUUGCUCUUGAGUGGCCAACUCAACCUCAAAGAGGAUGAUGCUGACUAG